UGCGCAUUCACGAACAAGGCGCGGAACCAACCCUGCUCGCAACUUGAACUUGGUCCACCAUUCGUAUGCUGCAACGGCGUGCGACACAGUGCUGAGAUGUCCGAAGCAAUGGUCGUAGAUCCACCGGACUCUGGCGAAACGUCUUUCCUUGGCGAACAAGACAAGACGCAACCGACCGACGACAUCCUGAACGCCUUGCGACAGCUCAACCCGAACUCUUUCCCGCACCCGCAGAAUGGCGGCGCGAACGUGCAGAGCCCCAUAAAGCAAGAACUUACACCAUCACCGCCGUCAGAAUGGGAACAGCUACGCGCACAAUUGCGGGAAAAGCCACACGACGCAGACGGGUGGCUGAGACUGGUUGACCUCGCAGAAGACUCGGGUGACAUGGAGAGGAUCAAAGAGACUUACGAGGGACUGCUGGAGGCCUAUCCGAACACCUCUUCUGCCCAGAUAGCCUACCUGAAUCACUAUACCGACAACCCUGAGACGUUCGGAUCUGCCGUCACCUUGUUCAAACGCUACCUCACCAAGUCGUCGUCUGUGGAUCUCUGGAAGUUCUAUCUCACCUUCGUCAGGAGAGUCAACACCGGACCGAAUUCGCGUGACAUUAUUCGUACGGCCUACGAGUUCGCUCUCGGCCAUGUCGGCCAGGAUAAAGACAGCGGUGAGAUGUGGAGUGAUUACAUCCAGUUCCUCAAGGCGGGCGAGACAACAUCAACAUGGGAGGAGCAACAAAAGAUGGACGCAGUGCGCAAGGCGUAUCAGCGAGCGGUGCAAAUACCGAUGGACAACAUCAAGCGCCUUUGGGAGGAGUAUCAGGACUUUGAGAACGGACUGAACAGGAUAACGGCAAAGAAGUUCUUGUCCGACCUGCAAGAGAGCCACAUGCAGGCACGUACCGUGCUGACGACCCUGCAGGAACACCUAAAUAUCCUCUUUCCCCCUCCCCCUCCGUCGAAGUCCGCGAGACCGCCAAUAUGGCUGCCUCGGCCUCCCGCGUUCAAUGCUGGAGACAGGGCGUUGGUAGGGCGGUGGCGCCAGUACCUGAAGUGGGAGGAGAGCAACCCAUUGAAACUGGAUGAUAAGGAUAAGGGCAACCUGCACGCACGCCUUCAGGGAGUUUACAAGAAGGCUGUCGUCCGCAUGCGGUUCUUUUCGGAAAUAUGGUACAUGGCGUACGUAUGGACGAAUAAUAUUGGCAAAAUUGACGAAGCUGUUGCUCUGUUAAAAGCGGGCAUAGAAGCGAAUCCAUCUAGCUUCGUUCUUAACUUCGCCUAUGCGGAGGCUCAGGAAAUGGCAAAGAACUACGCCGAAGUGCAUGCGACAUUUGAGAAGUUCCUUGAGGUAUUGAAGACGGACCUCGACGCGGUUGAGAUCAGGAUCAACUCAGCGAACUCCUCAUUCUCCUCGAACAUCUCGCAGUCUCAGAAGACGGAGCCUGCUGACAACUCGCAGCCUGACCCCGGGUCGCAGUCACAAGGCGGGUCGUUCACGACGGAGAAGGCGGACGAGAAGCCGCCUAAAAACAAGGAGCUCUCCGAGCGACGGACGGAGUAUGGCAUCGCAUGGGUAUCGUACAUGCGAUUUGCGAGGCGCGCAGAGGGUCUGAAACCCUCGCGAGCUAUCUUCGGUAAGGCGAGAAAGGAGCGGUGGACGCCUUGGGAAGUAUACGAGGCUGCUGCCAUAAUGGAGUAUCAUUGCAACAAGGCCGCCGAUGUCGCGAACCGCAUCUUCGAGAAAGGGAUGGAGUCGUUUAGCGACGAAGUGGAGUUUGUCCUCCGGUACCUGGGAUUCUUGAUCUCCAUCAACGACGAAAACAACGCGCGCGCGCUUUUCGAGCGGGUCAUUGGUACGUUCCCGCCUGAGAAGGCGCGGCCGCUGUGGGAACGCUGGUCAAAAUAUGAGUAUCAGUAUGGUGACCUCGAGGCCGCGCAUAAGCUCGAGAAAAGGAUGGCGGAGGCAUAUCCGAACGAUCCCCCGAUCAAGCGAUUCGCCGAACGUUACAAGUAUCUUGGGACAGAUGCGAUUGCUAACCGCGACCUCGGCUUCAGUCUCUCGCGCCAGGGCAACGGUCGCUCAAACGGCAGCGCCACCCUCGGUCGCACUGAUACGCAGAUGUCUCUUGUGUCCAAUCCGCCUUCGCAGCCCCAGGCAACGCCGAGCUCCUCAAAACGACCCUCGUCUCCAGAGUCACACGGCAGGAGGCGUGACGAUAGCCGCGCUCCUGAUUAUGGUCCGCCGUCCAAGCGUCAACGAGCCGUUUCGCGAGAUCGCGACCGGGACCGGUGGGACGGGCCACCUCGCAGACGUCAUGGUAGCCCGGGCUGGGACAGGGAGCGCGAGCGCGAUGGUCCUGGACGUCGGAGCAUGAGAGAGGAGAGAGAGGAAGAGAAGCAGGUCACCCUUCCCCCGGUUUUGUCGUGGUUCGCUGGAAUGCUGCCGGCGCCGUCCUCGUUCGAUGGUCCUGUCUUUCGGACUGAUGAUCUGAUGCAAGUAUUCAGAAACGCUGUCAUCCCAUCUAGUUCGAGCGUGACCACAGGUCGAUCACCUCCCCCACCGCCCCGAGGAGGUGGCCGCCCACCGCCUGACUACGGACCGUACCAAGGUCCAGGAGGAGGCCGUCGCGGUCGAUAUUGAUAGAUCAUCGCAUGGGUAUUUGUAAUGCAACGUUCCAUGAGAUACUUCGGCCUUACUGUCUUGUCACUAUGCCUUAUCUUCUAACAUCCAUGCCGCACGUUCUCUUCACUGUUUUCGAUGGCAGUUAUGUUUCAAUGCAUGAGCUGAAGGCGAAGAA